AACCGUAUUCCUGUUAACAAAACAAAAACACCAAAAUUUUCUUAAUUACAUAAUUGUUUUAAACGAGUUAUAGAAGGUCGUGCCAGAAAGUUUUGGCCCACCAAACAGAACCUCCAUUACCUGUACUUUUUUCUUUUUCUAAUAUUAUUAUUAUUAUUUUUUUUUGGGUUAGGAGAGUAGCUGCAGCUUGCAGAAACAAAAAUAGAUAAGAGAUAGGGGGAGAGAGAACGGAACUGUGAAAGAGAGAGAAUGAUAAUAUAUUUGAAGACCCACAACUGCCAUAAACAGAACAUGCAAUAUUAAGAGAGAGGAGAAAAAAUGGAAGGUUGAGUACAGCGAAGCAGAGAUGUUUUUGUGUAGACCCACGUCCACCAUCGUAUUAUAUCAAACAAAUCCAAUCCUUAAUCUUCUUCUUUAAUUUCGAUAUGCUUAAUGAAAAUAUACUGCUUGCGAGAAAAAGUGCUGAUACAGCGAAAAAGAUGAUGGGCGGCAGCAAUCUUGGACAGUACAAUGAUACAACUUUUACAAAAAUCUUUGUUGGGGGUUUGGCUUGGGAAACACAAAGAGAUACUAUGAGGCGUUAUUUUGAGCAGUUUGGAGAGAUCCUUGAGGCUGUUGUUAUUACAGAUAAGAACACUGGAAGAUCCAAGGGCUAUGGAUUUGUUACAUUCAAGGACCCAGAGGCAGCCAUCAGAGCUUGUCAAAACCCAUCUCCAGUUAUUGAUGGAAGGAGGGCAAACUGCAAUCUUGCAUCACUUGGUGCGCACAAGACUCGUUCGCCAACUCCUCAACAUGGCGGAGGACGGUUUAGACCAGCUCCUGGAGUGGUGGCUCCACCUGCUUAUCAUGGUUCUUCAUCUUCUUACGUUCAUCAACCCACUGGGCAGUACACAUUUCCUUAUUCAGCUUAUGGGUACUCUGGAUAUUCACAAGACACCAUUUACCCUUUGAAUUAUUAUGGGGUAUAUGGAGGUCAGCAAUUUUCACCUUAUUACUCUGCUGGAGCAUCAGGAACACCAGGAAUGUUUCAUAACUACUAUCCAUUUUAUACACAGUAUGCACAGAGUAGUCAGGCUCAUGGUUAUGGAGUUCAGUAUCCCCAAAUGGUACAGUACCCAUGUUUACCUCAGAAUUAUGGCUCUACAGGAAUUUUACAACUUCCUUCUUCAAUGGCAAUGACAACUACUACCACGGGUGCAACAACAAUGACUGCAAGUCCAAUAACUACAACAGCAGCAACAACGACCACGGUAACAACAGGGGUGGUAGGAGCAGCACCAGUUGCUUUGCAAGCCUCUGGAACAGCUCCUGAACAGAAUUCAUCUACCUGAACACUCAUCGUCUUCUUACAAGACUAACAACAUCAACAAAUGGCUAAAAGGGUCGAGAGCAAAAUGGAAGAAAUUAGUUAGGAAAAAUUCUAAGUCACUGAUUCAACAGAAGAAGUUGCCUGAUCAGAUAGCGUAGCAUGACAGACAGUGGGAAUCCAAGGAAUCAGCAUCUAAAAUUAUUCAUUCAUGGAGAACAGGCAUUUGAGACGCAGAGCUCACUCCACUUAACCAUCUUCAAUUAAUUUCUCCAUUCAAGCUCCCAGACAUUAUCAACUUCAUCAAUCAUUAUACAUGCUUUGGUUAAUUAGGAGAUUAGGGAGUCAGUCUUAAGUGGUAGUUAGGAUUAGGAGAAGAAAUCAUAUUCAUUUUAUGUAUUAUUUAUUAGCAUAAGGUGGAAACCAAUAUUGGCUUUGGAUUCUACCUCAAAUACUAAAUACCAGAUGAGUAUGUCUCGGUCGCAGAGAGCAUCCGAUGACAUAAUGGUGUCUAUAUUUGAAGUAAUUGGGUUAGAAGAUUGAUUUUAUGUCUUUCAACCCAUAAUUGGUCAACAAGGAGAAACAAAAAAAAAAAAAAAAGUUGAGCUUGGAUACCUCAGCUAUUAACUUGUAAUUUUAUUUAUUUUAUUUUUUUGUUUUGUUCUCAUUCAUGAUUGAUAAUUUUUAUGAUAGGAUUAGAAGCUUAAUUGGAGAAAAAAAAGGAACAAUUCAUCUCUUUUUCACCCUUUCAAGUAUCA